AUGAAUGAAUCCCGUGCAAAAGCCAAAAAAGCACCGUCUGUGAGACUUCGACUAUCACAAGAGCCUGAAAGCCAGGCGGUGACAGAGGAGAGCGAUGUCUUUUCUGAUUUUUGUGAUGCAGAUGAGUUAGACGAAAUAGUUUCUAGAGCUCAUAAAGAAAGACAGAAACGGCUUAACAAACAAGAACAGGGGAAAACUUUCUGGGUCACUUUGAAGCUACCUAGAAAGUUUUUGCGGAAUGAUCAAGGGAUUACAUGUUUAGCACCGCAUGCUUCCGUCCUACAAAAGACAACCCUUACAGCCCACGAUAAACAGUCUCAAAUCAACAUAGUACGAAAUCAUAUUGUGUACCUGGAUCGAAUACUUUCUGAUCCAGACAUACCUGCCGAACUGAGUUCUUCCCUCAGGGAACUUCACGGCAGUCUUUGGCUACAGGUACCUACCAUGGAUCCUUACUCGCUCUACCAACUACUAAUACAACUCCAAAAACAGAUAGCUAGAUUCAAAGAACUUAAAGACAUGAUUAAGCCACCUGAUGACAAUCACAAUGACCCAAACCUGGCCAUCCCGAUAUUGAAAUCUGUCUCGCCCCAAAUCGAUCCAAGGCCAAGUCCGCAAAUCUCUGGAUACUUUUUCCAAGCUAUGACUGCUCUGGAUACACAAUUUUCCGCCCCGCAACAUGUCCCUAAUUCCAGUAUCCUGAAGCCACGAAAAGAUCCUCCACAAACCACGCUUUUUGGUCACGUAAAAAGACAAAAAACACUCGCUCAUGAAAAUAAUGACAUUAUGGAAGAAGCAAUCGUGCUUUCGCUCAAUGAUCCUCUCUCAGGAAAGCGAAUGAAAAACCCCUUACGAUCCAGGUUUUGCUCUCAUAUUGAAUGUUUUGAAUUAGAAAGUUUCAUGCAAAUGAAUAAUCUAGAGCCGUUUCAAGUUAGUGUGAGAAGAAAAUCCACAAAGAAAAUAGAUGCGAAUGAAAUUUUGAGUGAUACGAAAAGGCGGUUACUGAACCCCGAUCAGCAUAACAGAAGAACGUUUGACUUUCAAUAUAAGGUCCAAUUACGCCAAAACAAAGAUCAGAAGAAGCCGAACAACGGUCUAGAAUUUUUCACUUGCCCGAUCUGCAAACUAGAGUUUAGCAUCCGCACCCCAGGAGAUUUGUAUAUAGUAGGGGAGCUGCAGGCAAUCUUGGAGCAAUUAACUGUAGAUUCUACAGUUGACAAGAUUCGAAUAUCUCAAGAUGGCAGUUGGUCAUUUGUUGAGACUAAAAAGAAAGAAGACGCAAAGCAGUCGGAAAUUAUUGAAUUGGAGGAUCUAGAUAGUUCUGAAGAAGAACGUGAGAUUACGAAAAUCAAAUUGGAGCGCGCUGCAAAAAAGGAGGCGUCUUCAUUUUCUGCACCACGUUUUGAAGAUGAGGCAAUGCUGGAUGAUAUAUUCGAGCCCUCAGACAGAGAACUCGAAGAUGAAAUUGACAGAAUAGUGGAUCAGGUAAUUCUGAAAGAUGGGUCUCGACAGUCAGACUACGUUUCCUACCCUAAAACUUCGACUUUGAAUGCAGAAAAGACGCAAAUCUCAGAGCCUGUUUUUUUUACGGGUAAUGGUGACGAGGACGAUCCCUUUGUGAUCGACUGA